AUGCUCGCAACAAACCUCGACAAGGAGGACCUGGAUGCAGGGAAUUUCCCACGACAACCGGCAACAGGACCUUUGGCACUCGCUUGUUCAAAGGAUGAAAAGCUCAGCUUUCCGCGCAGAGUUCUCGCUCGCAUCGUGAAAUGCUGGCUGCGACUUGUUUGCACAAUAGCUCAUCUGCCUGACACACUCCUGAUGGCUGCAUCUCAGCCAGAACUGAGGUUUGAGGCCUUCUUUGCACUCGUGCCUGAAGCUUACUUCGUGGCAGCUGGCACCGGAGAUCAUGGGAGCCCAAGCCCUGCCAGGAUCCUCUCAAACUCGGUCUUCAUCGCAGUUCAGGUGGAAGCCACCGCAAAGGAUCCAGGCACAAGCCUGCAGAACAUGUCCUUGACUUUUCAACUGAGCCUCAGACAGGGCAUUGACCAGGAUGUCGGGUACUUCGUUGUGGGCUCGAUUUACACUUUUCUGUUUACCACAGAACUUGUGCUCCGAGUGCUGGUGUUCGGCCUUACGGUCUUCAUUGGACCAGACUGGGCCUGGCUUCUUCUGGAUUUGCUCGUGGUGUCGUCGAGCCUUUUUGAGUUUGUCUUGGAGCUUGCUCUGCAGCAGCAAGAGGACAGCACCAGCGUGCUGACAAAUAUGCGGCUUCUACGGAUCUUGCGCAUCGGAAGAAUUACCCGCGCUAUACGCGUGGUGAGGCUUGUGAAAUUUAUCCGGUCGCUACGGCAGCUUCUGUACUCCAUUGGACAAACCCUCAGAGCCAUGGCAUGGUCUGUGGUCCUUCUGGGCCUCAUCAUCUUUCUGUUUGGCCUGAUAUUCACUGACAUAUCCAGCGAGUACCUUACACGCGAUGUGAUCGAGAUCUCGGAAGAAUACGAAGGCUUCAUCGUGAAUCGAUUCGGCGGGCUGGAACGAUCGAUGCAUACGCUUUUUGCAUCCGUUACCGGAGGCUUGACUUGGAUCGAAGCCCUCGACGCCCUUUCGCACAUAUCAACAGUUUGGGGCUUGCUGUUUGAAGCCUACAUAGCCUUCUGCUUGUUCGCAGUGCUCAAUGUGAUGACAGGUGUCUUUUGUCAAAGCGCCAUGGAAAGUGCGGAAAAGGACCACGAGCUUGUUCUGCAGAAUGUUGUCCAGGAGAAGGCAAAGUACUUCAGGGCGGUCCGUCGAUUGUUUGCACAGUUGGACCAGAACGGGGACGGCGGCAUCACUGCCAAAGAAUUCGAGGUCGCACUGGAGGAUCCUGCGCUGAUGCACGUGUUUGACGCGUUGGAGAUCAGCGCCGACGAUGCCUGGAACUUGUUCACCCAGCUCGAUUCAGAUGGCGAUGCCCACGUCGAUGCCGAGGAGUUCCUGGAAGGCUGUAUGCUUCUCAAAGGACCGGCGCGCUCGAUAGACGUCAUGGGGAUCAAGCGAGAUGUUGCUGUUGUGAAGCAUCGCUUGCAGCAGGAUGAACAAGCAGCCAUGCCUCGAUGCAUCCGCCGGCCCAAGGCACUGGGCAAGCGCAUCGUUCUGGUCAUCAUAGCAAAAUCUGCACCACUUCUCCAUCCGACCUGCGCCGUCAGGGACUUGAAGCUGUCAGUGAUCUCAGAGGGCAAAAAGGUGCCCGUGGGCUAUGCAGGCCAUCCAGCACGAAUUCGGACAGAAACCUUCGAAGGCUCGAUUUUUUUUGCUCAUCGCCCUCCAAACGGAAGCAGUGCACCAUGGGCAUACCGCGAGCGCCUUGAAGGCAAGGGCUCGCCAGACUGGCUUUGGGAGGUCCAACUCCACGGGCGCUUCUUGCGCAAACCCCAGGGACCCGUGUGGCUCAGGGCAGAGCUCCGCGACGGGCCAAUGCAGCUGGGGCUCGUCUCCAGGGCAUUGUGUCGUGGAAUCUUGAAGUUCGCACGCAUGAUGGCUCAGCGACGCGGUGGUGAUAUCUGUUUUGCAUUUGGCGACGAGGCCAAGCAGCGACCAUCCAUUUCACUUCCUGUGCUCCUGCUUGAUCGGAUAUUUGUGGCAGACCGAAGUCAUCCUCUCCCGGUCGGAGGUGAUGAAUCCAAGGGCACUUGGCGGCUGGUUGGUGACGACUGGGUACCCAUCGAGCGCAGCUCGGUUGUCUUUGACAGCAAUACCUAUGUCACCGUAGUGCUCGCAACAAGCUACAUGGAUUGGACGAAUUGGCAGCUUUCUAGCAUUCCUGGACUUGGUACUCUCUCACUGGAAACUUUCUGGGGAGACCAGGGCGCAUGGAUCACGCUGUGCGAACUGGAACCGGACGAGUCUGUGAGGACUUUCUUCUUGGAAGCGAACCUCGAGUCCGUGAAGGUCAGUGCCGAAACUCCUCGUCCAUCAACAGUUUAUGAUGAGGAUGACUUGAAGGUAGAAGAAGUGCUUGUGGCGGCAGCCGCAGAUGCGAACGAUGAUCAGAAUCAAAAGGAAAGCUCCAGCAGUGACAACGAGGGCGACCAAAUGGAACGUCAAAGGACACCUUACGACUUAGUGGAGUCCGACAUCGAAAUGGAAGAUUUAUGCGGCGAUGUUCCGCUGGAGCGUGAGUGGCUUCGACCACCCGCCGAGCUGGUGCUGUCACCUCUUUCGCCCCAAGGAUCGCCGAGUGGAGCUGCUGAUGUGGCCCGGGUGACGCAGAUUGAGAUGGCACUAGAUGCUCCAGACGUUGGAUCUCUACGUCGAUGCUUGUCCGGAGACCUUGCAGCCAUGGACGAGGAGGAAGAAAACCAGGAACAAUUGGAGCACGACAGGCCCACGAGCGUGUCUCGGCGGCUGUCGAAGCGCUUCGUCGCUUCGUUAACACUGCCAUGGUAUUUGCGCACAAGCGGCGGCCAAGUUUGGUGGUGCAUUUCUGUGGAGGGCUGGCCUCUGUGCUGGCGACGAGAUCAUCAGAUCAGCCGCCUCUGCGAGGCAGUGGAACCCGGAAAAGCAAAGCUGCUGCGGUCCGGGAACAGCGUCCAGGACAUGGAGAUGACUCGGCGUCGUGCUACAAAGCUGCUUUCACAGUUAGAUCCUGCACUACUCGACGAGUUCAUCCGAAUGGAUGUGGCUUUACCACGGUUGCUGGCAAGCACCAGCGGAGGUUGGGUUGGGGUGGUGGAAAGCGAGGGCCGGAUCGUUGAGCGAAAGGUUUCUGUGACUGAGGCGCGAACAACGGAUGCCGUUCUCCGAGCAGGCGCCGAGGUGGUAUCCAAAAGUGCCAUGCUCCGACAAGCUGCUGAAACGGCCCGAAGAGGCUCGUUGCAGCUGCCGGCAUUCUCCUCCAACGACGAAGUGCCACUGGCCCUCCGCUGGAAGAGUGACACCGGCAGCCGCUCUUUUUUCGACAGGCCCCAAGCAUACUUUACGGAGGACAUCCUGGUUGAGCUGAGCCUGGCAUCCGUUUCCAGGACUGUGAUUGCAGGUGCACCAGCUCUGGCCGUUACAAUCCCGCAACGGCAAUUUGUCUUCGUCACAAGGUCUACCGAAGAAGCGGACAAGUGGGCAGCAUCACUGAAAGCGAGUCCGAGCCCAACAAACACGCCAGCCGGUGCUGCGAGUCCUUGGAAAGACAGGCUUCGUCGAUGGCCAAUGAACCGUCUCGUGUGCAACGAUUUCGAGCUUUGCUUGGAUUUGUGCAAGGACCCUCUCUCGUUGUCUGCGGAGUUGCUGCGGCUUGCAAUCAGCGCACAAGGCAGUCCCCCUGACAAAGUGUCUGCUGUCACGCAGCUGAGCUGCAAGCUGAAAACCGUCGAUCUCACGCCGCUGGAUCCGCAGGACCUGUGGGGCUUUUGGGUUAAUGUGUAUCACAGCCUCCUGGUGCACUCGUGCUGUCUUUAUGGACGCCCAAGAACCUUGAGGUCUCUUCUGGGAUUUUACAACAGCUGUUCAUACCUCGUCGCUGGCCAAAUCUUCUCUCUUGCAGAGAUUGAACAUCUCGUGCUGCGAAGCCAGAUGCAGAAAGCUAGCACACGACUUAUGACACUGCUCGUGCGCGUUUGGCGCCGAGAACCGUCUGAGCUUGAGGAGCGCCCUUCCUUACGCGCUCCGCUGAACCCCGGGGAGAACUUCAGAUGCCGUCCCGAUUGGCGUCUCAAUCUAGUUCUUUGCGCAGGCAACAAAGCCAGUAGCUCGAAGGUCCCAGUUUUCGAGCACAUGUCGGCUGACGACUUUGACAAGCUCGUGAGCAAGUCAAUGUCACAUUGCUUGCGAGCUGCUGGCCGACUGGACAAGAAACCCGUCCAGCUCCCGUAUGUGCUGUACCGCUUUCGCGCCGACGCGCCCGGACCAGCCACUGAAUCGCCCGAUAGACGAUGGUCAAGCGCAUUGUCACCUUUGCUCGAAGACGCAUCGCUUGAGGGUCGAUUG